AUGUCAAUAUCCUGCGCUUUCUGCAACAUCGCCACGACAAAUCCGCCCAUCCCUUCCAAAGUGCCCGAAAUAAAACCAAAUGCUUCAGAAUCAAGUCCCCACCAAACAGCUCACAUUAUACUGUCCACUGACCAUGUUCUCGCCUUUUUGGACAUAAUGCCCCUCACUCGCGGCCAUGUCCUUGUGGCGCCCAGGAAACAUUUUGAGACAUUGGGAGAUAUGGGCGUCACGGCUGGGCAGGAAAUGGGCAAAUGGCUUCCGAUUCUUUCCAGGGUUGUGACAAAGACUGUGUUCGGCGACGACACAGAUAGGCACUGGAAUGUUGUACAAAAUAAUGGUGCCCGAGCCGCGCAACAAGUCCCCCAUGUCCAUUUCCAUAUCAUCCCUCGCCCUGCUACAGAUGGACCUCAACGGCCAAGCUUUGCCAUGUUCGGUCGGGGGCAGCGGGACGAGCUCGACGAUGAAGAGGGAGAAAGAUUGGCUCAUGCCAUGAGGGUCGAGUUAGCACAGGAAGUCAGUCGUCUUGGACUGGAUGAAGGCGUGGACCUUGGCCAGAACUCUGCGUUGGGCUCGAAAGGGCGGGGGAAACUCUGA